CUGAACCAGACGGAACUCUGGCAAGAAACUGCAGUCAGAGGUUUCUCUCAAAUUACUUCCAUGGAACUUCACAAGGAGUGCAGUACAUUGUAGUAUCAAAACUGAGGAUUGUAAUCGAACAAGGGGUAUAGCUUUAGGAGGUUGGUAUACAAGCGACAAAAUGGGCCAGGCAGCAAGUAGGCAAGAGGCAUUCUGGGAGGCCUGUGGUUUUGGUCGUAUUCAGAAAGUUGCGGAGUUCAUACAGCAAGGCAUUGAUGUCAACUGGGUGUCUUAUACUCAUAACUCCUGUCCCAUACAUGUGGCCUCCCAAGGCAAAGCAGAGAUUGUACAGAUGUUGAUUGAUGCUGGCUGUAAUGUUAAUGUUGUUGAUGAUCGUGGUAAUCUGGCGUUGCACCAUGCAGCUAUGAAGGGGCAUGCUGACAUCAUGGAGAUGCUGAUCAAGGCUGGGUCUGAGAUUAAUACACAGGAUAAGAAUGGCUGGAGCCCCCUGAUCACUGCAUGUUACUGGUGUCAACCAGAGUGUGUCAAGCUUCUUAUCGACUCCAACUGUGACGUCAACCUCAUGAAUAAGGAUCUACGUACAGCUCUACAUGAAACCUGCAGAAGUCGCACACAAGAUGAGGAUAAGCUGGGGCAGAUAGCCGCCAUGUUAAUUGAAGCUGGCUGUGAUGUGGACCUGAAGAGCAGUGAUGAGGGAGAGGCAGACUUUACUCCCCUGAUGUUCGCCUCCUACCACGGUCACCCUGGUGUAGCCCAGGCCUUGAUUGAUGCCAAGUGUGACACCACCACUCAGGGAACAAACCUGUGGACAGCCCUCCACUGGGCAGUAGACAGGGGCCACGGGGCAGUGGUCAGAGUGCUGCUGGAUGCGGGACUGGACCCCACUGUGAAGGGUGUGAGAGGAGAGACAGCAGUGGAGAGAGCCAGGUCCAAUGAUAUCAGAGCAUUGUUUGGCAGUGAGUAUGUCUUACCUGAAGAUGUUACAACCCCCGUUAUUGAUGACAAAAAUUUUGAAUUUAUAUUUGAAUCUGCCAGUGGAAAAAAAGUUGAUCCAAAUGUUAACCCAAGUGAUGAUAACUCCUCUAAAUCAGAAAGUUCUCCAUUGACUGAAAAUGCAGACGGCAGUUUGGCCUCUGCUGUAGAUCCCAGUAGCAGUAGUUCACCAACCAAGACAACACCAAACCAAAGCUCAGUGAAAUCCUCACCUUCCCAGAAAUCUUUGCAGGAACAGCAGGAGGAUUAUGGGAAAUUUGUGAUUGACAUGAUUGUUGCCAAUCGUAAAGUUAAUGCUCAACAGGAUAGGAGAAACAUAACAGGGAAGAGGUACCAGAGGCGACCCAUCGAGAAUAAUAUUUACACAGGAGAGGUGACCAAAAAGUCACCUUCAGAUGGCGCUGGUGAUGCACCUGUUAGUUCAACUGAAAAAGGAAAGGACAAUGAAUCUGGAAAUAAAGAAGAAGCGGAAAUUCAAACAGAGCUGAAAGAAGGGGGAGAGGGAAACCCCACUACAGCAGAGGAAAAUCAGGGGGUUUCCAAUCUUCAGUCGAAUGUAGCUGAAAUAAACUUGACCAGUUCUGAAGUUGACAUGGGUCAGCUUAAAAAUGACCCAAAAUCUGGAAAUGAAAAUAAGCAAAGUGGGGAUUCCCAGCAGGCUGAAGUUGGUAAAGACUCAGCCAGUGCAAACACGGAGGAAGAUCUAGCACUCAAACCCUGGGAAGACGAGAAAGACACAGACUUUGAUACAGCUCAGCAGCUAACUAAGAAGAUGGCUGAUUGGUCAAUAAUUGAUGUCCGUACGUGGCUGGACAGUCUCGGCCUGGAUGCUGAGACAGUUAUGACUUUUAUGACGGCCAAAAUUCGUGGCAAGGUGCUGGAGCACCUGACCAUGGAUGAUAUGAAGGAGGUUGUUCCCAAUCUCGCUUUUGGUGAUAAGAAAUUGGUGCUUAUAGCAAGAGAUGCCUGGUUGGCCAUGGAGGAAAAAGACGCUAUUUGAAUGAUUUUGAGUUCUGUGUCCUAAUCUUUUGCUUAUUAUAGUGUCAGGAAUUUGGUUUGUGCCAUUGUGAAAAUGAUUUCAUUUUUCAGCUGAUUCAGAAAGAAGAUUUUUGAAAUAUGUGAGACUUGCUUUUUGAUAUCUGAUGCUUUGUCAUUGUAGCUGAAAGUUGAAAAA